AGGGAAGUUCAGAUCGCGCCAGUGGGCAGGCCCUCUACUCGGCGCAUGCGUCCUCGGCCAGCCACCAACAUCAAAGACGCCGACAGGGAGUUGCGCUGUCGCGUAUACCGUGUCAGCUCUGCGUCGGCGAUCGUGAACGAGCGCGUCCGCUGUAAUGCGUGCUUUUGGCAGCUACGAGCCGAGAAUUCCGCGAGCCCUCACCAGGCCGAUUUGACUCCGCCUCGCGAGCAGGACGCGCCGAGCACGAGUGGCCGCCGCUGCGACGUCGAUACGACUCGAGGCAGACGGACGUCGACGGAAGAGAGGACUCGCGUUGGCGGGCUCCGACACGCGCGAAGAGGCACGGCGACAAUCGACGAUAAGCCGAUCGUAAGACAAACGUUCCUCUUCCCGUUCGCGGAUCGCUCUCGGAAUCAUGUCGCUUAUCUCUUACCCGCCGCGGAAGAACGUGGACCUACGUGCACUUUUCUCUCGUCGCGUAUCGCGUGUCGUAAUGGUAUUAAUAAUAUUCGCGAGCAUGCCUAAUACGGUUUCUAGGAUGGAGAACGUUGACACCGGUUGACACCUUUGAAGAACUUCUUUCACCCUUUUCUGUCUUUUUAUCGUAUCGAUUUUGAUAAUUGUGCCCUUUAUAACGAUGGAUUUGCAGUACACGAGACGUAACUUUGAAAAUAUUUCUCUGUCACUCCACGGGAGAGAAAAAUCAUGGUCCCCCCUACUUGAUUCGCACUGUUGCACACUAAGGAUUUAUCAGAGAAUUUAUCUUUCCACCUUUAUUGAUUGUAAUAAUAGUUUAUCACGAUGGCCGCACAAACCACAUAAUAAUUACAGAAUUUUUGAGUCACUGAAAAGCCACAGAGGAAGAUAUCAUGGAUACAGUUUCCGUGUGCGAGAGUAGCACGAGUAGAAACGAGUAUUCGAGGUCCCAGCAACUGGAAGACACAACGGCGAAGAACAAUAGCAUAAAGAAGCUCGAAGAAGCUUUCCCAUGGCUAGCGGAAUGCAAUGAAGCUGCACGCACAGCUAUAAGAGAGAAAAAUUACCAGAAUCUUGAAGGACUGAUCGCGCUCUUCACACAGUAAGAUCGUUAUCCACGCCAGCUAGCAAGAUCCAAUGCAAUAAAAUUACCAAAUGCAUCUUGAAUCAUCCUUCACGAAGUUUGCUCACGUGCAAGUUGAUAGUUAGACUUAGGAAAACUGCAUAGGGGGAUACGUGAUACCUGUAAUUGCACAUUUCAGAAAUAUUCCGUCUACUGCGACAAGCAAAGCUAAGAGCGAUGAUAAAGUUAAGUUGAUGAGCCAUCUCAGUAACGUGUUAGCAUUCUUUCGCUUGUAUUGGCUCGACGUGAAGAAGGAUGUAGCUGAUCACAAUUCGUAUUUACGUAAAAUGUCGGCUCUGUUAAGUGUAUAUAUAGAUAUGGAAUUAAAAAUUUCCAUGGAAAAAUGACCUUCCAGGUACAUUAGAAAUGCUUCGAAAAUUGUCGCGAAGCUUCUUGCGGCAUUGUACAUACACCUAAAUAACUCGGAAGAGCAUAUUUUCAGGGUAUUAAUUAGAAUUAAACACACGACAGAAAAGUAUACAAAAAUUUGUAAUCAUAUGUUUACGAAGAGCUUUGACAAUACCGUCGUAAGAAAGUCCGUACCGACUCCUAUAACUGACCUAGUUUAUGUCAGAUACUUGCUCGCUUUUAGAAUGUGGAAGCAAUUGGAUAAAAGUUCUGACAAGAAGGAAAUAAUUAACAACACAGCUGUGUCGCUGCUAGGAUCGCGUAUGCCGAAGCUGCGGGAUGAAUUGUUGGAAUUUCUGCCCAGGCCACCUGCGGAGCAGGAAAACGAAACGCUGUGGCUGUUGCAGACAAGUUUGUUGGAUGUACAGCAAACGCAUGAAUAUUUUCUGCAAUUUGAAGAUAGAAUGGAUAGUCUUGCGGAUUUACAGUCCGCUAAACCGAUACAGACCAGUCAGAGCUGUUCGAAUUCUCAGAAACACCAGAGGAAUUCACUGUUUCGUCGAAACACCUCGUGCGGGGGUAAAGCUAAUGACGAAGCGAGGAAAGAUCGUGUCGACAACAAUUUGCAAAACCACACCGUGCUACCGAGCGCUAAUAACAAAACUAAAUUCGCGGAUCAGUCUUACCUGCGGAAGAAGGGAGCGCGAAAUUUCAAGCCGCUGAAGAAGGGCAGACCGAAGCCGGGGAAGACUAUAAUCAUCGACUUGACUGACGACGAUAAAACAAGUGUUCCCUGCAAGAUAAAAAGGAAAAAGGCUAAGCGCAAUUCCGAGUGCUUGAAGAAGAGCAAGCAGAAGUUUCAGAAGCAUAUCAGUCCUUUGAAAUAUUCCAGUCGGAUUGCGGACGGUCAGAGAAAGUCUGGCGAAAGUUUUAAUAAAGAUGGCAAAAGUUCGGUUGAAAAAGUUCACCUGGAGUGUAAGCCGGCUCCCGACAAGGUCCGCGAUGCUACGACCGACGGCGGCGGUUCGAUUAAUGGCAAGCCGCCAUUAAAUGGCGUCUACCAUAUUAAUCUUCAAAAAAGUGAGCAUUUAAGCACGACGAAGGGCCAGAUGAGUAAUACCUGUUCGGAAUUCGGGAAAGAGGACGAUUACAACUCGCGUUACCUAAAGCCCUCGAUGCUGAUCGGCGAGGACGUGAAGGAGUUUAAAUUCCCGGCGGAUGUGUCGAAAGAGAGCAAGCCGGAGACCCGCGUAUCGUCGUACCUGACGGAAAACACGUCCAACUCGUACGGUAGUCCGAUAAUACCGAGUAAGCAGGCGUUCAUUUCGCCGGAGGAGAACGCCACGGAGACGGUACCCCUGUUCAAGAUGUGUCAGGACGGCAUCGCGGAGCAGCCCUCCUUCAAGCAAGAACUGCCGACGAGCAUGAACGGCAACGUGACGCAGAAGUCGCACAAGUGCUGCGAAACGAUGCCGGUCGACAUGCAGGACAUCAAGCACCUCAUAAUAAAGGAGCUGAAGUCGAUAAACGAUCACAAUUCGCAAAUCACGGAGAUUAUAAAGCAGAAGGAGCGUCAGCAGGUGAACGAGUGUCCCAACUGUUGCGCGAAGAUCGAUUGCAAGCCGAUCGUAUUUAUUAACAACGACGUUACCGCGGCGCCGAAGCCGCAGGACACCCUGCACGGCACCCUGGACAACGACGAUGACGUCAAGCUGGCCUACGACACGAAUAUAAUUUACAUGCUGAGCGAUCGCAACAAGUGCGUCUACGUUGUGAAUCACAUCGGCGAGCGCGUCACGACCAUGCACGCGGAGAAGAGGGUGCAGUGCGUGGACAAGCCCAACGACACGCGCACCAUCCCGAGUGCGUUCGCCGGAGAGCAGAUUGUCGAGUCGUCGCUGUGCAAUCAACACAAUGUCAACUUUAAUAACGUGACGGUGAACGAUUACGGCAGCGCCGCCAAGUACCUGGAGGCCAGCAUGAAGGAGCAGCAGCCGCUGCUGUGUCCCCACAUCGUUCAGUGCGGCGAGGUACCGCCGAGCGUCUUCAAGUUUUACAAAAUGAAGUCCUACGCAGGUGCGAAUGCGAAAGCGGGCGGCGAUCUGAAGAGCUUCCCGAAGGUGGAAGAGGCCGACGGGAUCGCGAAAGCCGACUACGUCGACGACCUGGAGGGCGUCUGCUUCUCCAACAAUAUACAGAGCGAGACGCUCGAGGACUUUCUCCGGCAGUUCUCGCUGAUGCAUCAGGUUAAUUACGACAACUCCACCGGCGCGGGCGGCUUGCCGGUGAAGAAGCCGCUCGUGUACGCCGGUGACGGUGAGGUCGGCGCGGUAAAAGCGCAGGAUGCUGCUCUGCACAUGUUUAACGAUAAGAAGAACGAUGUCGCGUCGCAAGGCGACGCAAGGAACGUCACGUACAUGCUGACCGAUCGUGAUAAGUGCGUCUACGUUGCGAAUCAUACCGGUGAACGCGUGAUGAGCACGAACGCCGAGAAGAGGGCGCAGUGUCUGGAUAAUUUUAACGACAGGAGCACCGUCUCGACGACGUUGAUCGGCGAGCAGAUCGGGUCGUCAUUGGAAAAUCAGUACGUCGAGUUUGGCAAUAAGAGAAAAAGCGAUUACGAGAACGAGCUCAAGUACUCGGAGGACGCGAUGAAGAAACAGAGGAGACUCGACUGCAACACCUCCAUGUCGAACGAUCGAAUAUUGCAUCUGUCCGAGUCUUGCACGUUCGACAUUAAUUCCUUCGUGAUGGAUUCAAAAGAAGCUAAUGAAAUGAUGAAGACUGAUUGUAUAGACUUUGAAAAUAUCGAGGACGUUCUGUCGAACGACACCAUCGACUUCCUUUUACCGUUGAAGGAGUCCUCGUUUGAAUUAGAUAAUGUUUAUACAGAUACUUUUCUCAACGAAAAGGGUGUUCUGUGCAAUAAUCAGAAUGACGCUAUUGAUAGCAUAAACUCGAUAGCCUUUUGUUUAAAUAGCGAUUAGACUUCGUUCAGGCACUUCCCCGUGAACUUCGGCCAAGUCUGAUGAGUCUAUGUUUCGUGGAAUCGUAUUUCCUGUUUCGAUGCUCUUUUUUGUUGAAUGAGUUAAGGAACGAUCUUGAUCGAGCGUUUUGUAUCAGCACGGAAGACACUGAAGGCAUUUAUUUCUUGGGAAAUGAGCUACGAGUUGAUCUUUCCGGAAAUAUUCCAACAGAUCAAUUACCGUCGCAAAGGAAGGAAGAGAGUCUGCAUCGUAUAAAACAUAUAUUUUCGCUCUUGGAAGAUCAUUAAUGGCAUUUUUAAAUGAAUCCGAGAAAGAUAUAAAAAGCAAGAUGUAAAACAAUCACUGUCUGAAGAAAAGAAGAGUCACAACACAGUUUUAACAGGGCGUUCUAUUGAUAUUGAUGAAAAAGGUCAUGAAAAAUCUCGAAUCACGAAAGACGGAUCACAUGAAUUUUCUAAGAAAUUUUAUAUUUCUGAAUAUAUUCACGCUCUUGCUCUGGAACAAAUUACUCAGUAUCAUAAAGAGGAGAUUUCUGCUUAAACAUCACACGUAUAGUUGUAUAAGAUAUAAGCUUACUCUGAACGGUUAUAAUAGCAAGUUAAUUAAGACCAAAUCUCACGAUGACUAUAAACACUCAAACCAUAGAUCAUAAGUUAACAAAUAUCAUUAAGAAGUAGACUGUGCCAGAGAGAUGUAUUAAAUUAUCACCUACCUACUGAAGCAACAGUCGAGAAAAGGAACAGGAUCGCAUUUAUAAUUUCGCUUUUUCUAGACGAUAAGAUUAAUCCAGUCUGCGAAUCAAUAUGUUUGCAAAGAAGCCUUACUUUCUACAGUGAAAGGUAACGUAACAUUUAUAAGUACGUAUUUUUUAAAAUUCGUAACAUCAGUGAAGAGCAUCAAGGUGUAACGUCAUUGAAGAUUACGAAUCAAACGAUAGAUUUUAAAUAUUUUCUUAUAAUCAAUCGUGGAACUAUUUACGGAACUAUAACUUGGAAGCUGAGUUUACCCGUGACUGAUCGUUCAUUUUAUUUACAGAAUUUUUAUGUAGAAGAACAAGAAAAAAAUAUGAGUGCAGUGGGUGAGUAUAACACGUUGAAAUUAUGCUUAUUGUUCGCAUUUGUUUAUUACAGCGUGAUUAAUUGUCAUUUGAUCAUGAGCCUGAGAAGAAGUCACCAAUUUUUCACGACUUGCACAGUUCUCGUAAUUUGACGAUUGACAUUUGAGCGUACGAUGCUAUGUAACAAGCCAGUAUCAUCAUAAGAAGUUAUUAAUAGACUUUACACAACGUCACAACGUAACUCGCGCUAUUAUUCAGAUAUAAUCUAGAGCAUUAGGAAAUCUGUGCAGAAGCAGUUUCUUUGGAUUAUGUUUUUAUUAAGAUUACCGUGUUACAGUACAUAUACAUAUACAUACAUGCACACCUGCAUAUACUAUACGUGUGCACGAAGGAAAAGGAAAAGGUACAGAUAUGUUUGUGACAGAUUUUUUUUCAAUGAUUUUUAUGUAUAUAUUUAUAUAUACAUGUAUGUAUACACGUACAUACACAUAGCAACAUUAUAACUGCGUUUAAGAAUUUUGAAAAGUAAAGAUAUACAAAAAAAACUGAGUAUUUUAGCGAUUUUGCGCGUCGAUAGUGGUAAAAAGAGUUAAUUUUCUGGUGUACUGUUACCGCAGAAAUAGAUUUAUAAUAGGAGAAGUAAUCACAGUUCCACCACACGGAUUAUUAUAUUUAAAAGAAAUAGGAUAUACAUACAUAUAUAUCUCACUUUAAUUUUAGAUAAGGCAAAAUGAAUGGUUAUUAUUAACUAAUGAACUAACUGCCCUCGGAGUAUACCAGUGCUAAAUAAUCCAGGAAACUCAGUUUUACAAAAAAAACUCGAUUAGAGAAUAGUUUCAUAUGUAUUAUGUAUAAUUAGUAUAUAUUAUUUCUCCCGCAUAUUUUUCGUGAUAGCUUAAUUUAACUGUUAGCCACACGAUAUACGCAGUAGACGAAUCACCAAGCACCCUGCUCAUUCUAUUGUGCGCGAUUAUUGCUACUUGGCAAUAAAGAUAUUUACUCUUGUGUAAUUUAUUUUCACUGCGCUUUUCUCCAACAUGUAGGAAUCUCUCUCUCGAUGUUUUCGUCUAAUUAUUAUAUGUAAAGCAACCUUUAAUUGAACAAACUUACAAAAUAUAUGUUUUAGGAGCAAUUUUAUAUUUACGUAAACAUUAUUCCGCGCGUAAUUGCUAGACGAAUCUCCUACUAUACGAGCUGACGAAUUCUCUAUAUAAAGAAAAAUCCUAUGACGUGUUUGGUAUUGCGAUGUUUAAUCCGUCAUGCAUUCCUAUUGAUAUAUAUAUAUAUAUAUAUAUAUAAUAUAAUGUAGAGACUGAUUUUAAUACCUCUCACCGUACCUUUAAUAAGUAGAUAAAAAUUCUCCCAAUAGUAGCACAGAUUAUUAUUGCUGUUCUGCUAAUACUAAAUAAAGUAUUUUAGGGUCUAACAAUGUGUUCGCUAUCGUGAAUUAUGAUGUCAGAAAUACGAGAAUAAUAUCGGUCCAUUUUAUACAAUAAAUGAUGCUUAUCAAGCUCGAUGAAGCAUUCUUGUAAAUUUUUGCUUUAUUGACUUAAAGGAAAA